AUGGCAUAUAUUGAUCAGGACCCGACUACCCAGGUGUUCUAUCGAAUCACACCCACCGAUGAAGAUGACAUCGUAUUGUUGCAUUAUGUGUUUUGGUCUUUCGGUCCAUGCAUAUCAGGAUUCAAAUACUGCAAGCCGGUUAUCAGUAUUGAUGGGACCCAUCUGUAUGGAAAAUAUCAGGGAAAAUUGUUGGUCGUAAUGGCAACCGACGCUAACAACAAGGUAUUCUCUCUCGCCUUUGCUGUUGUGGAUUGUGAGUCAGGGUCCAGUUGGAGGUGGUUUUUACAGUGCCUCAGAGAAACGAUUGGCCACGUGAUACCUAACGAAGGCGUUUGCAUAAUUUCUGACCGACAUCUCGGUAUCAAAAAUGCCAUUGCAAAUUGGCCUAGAGGGGAUGAUGGAAGAACACGGAACUCAACUCUAAAGUCAGUGGCGUUGAAAGCAGGAUAUACUAGUCAGGUAGUUAAAUUUGAUACCAUAAUGGAGUCCAUUAAGCAGGUGGAAAUUGAGGCCAUUCGGAAUAAGAAGAAGGUGACGGGGAAGGAUGGCAAGGAAAAGAAUCAAGAUUACCUUCUAUACACAUACCUAAUGAGCAAGUCUGUGGAUAUGUGGACCCAGUCACAUGAUGGUGGGAGACGUUUUGGGAUAAUGACAACCAAUAUAUCAGAGUGCUUCAAUGGUGUACUGAAAGGUGCAUGGGGCCUUCUUAUUGCCGCGUUGGUUAAGUUCACUUGGAACAAACUUGUUUAA